AUGUCUCGCCCACCUAUCCAGGCAGACCAGAGCGCCUCGGGCAUUUCAGUCGACCCAAUCACCCUCGAGCGCGUCAUUCCAGAGUCGCGCCGUCCAGAUGGAACCGUCCGAAAGCAGAUAAAGAUCCGACCAGGAUUCACUCCUCAGGAGGACGUCCGACGCUUCCGUGGCACCAAGCAGGCGCAAAUGGAUCACAACGCGCUGCCCAAAGGACAUAUCGUAGGCUGGGCGCCUCCACCCACUAGUACGGCAGCCUCUAACGCAAAUGCCGGAAAGCCCAUGUCCAAGAGCGCCAAGAAGAACGCGAAGCGGAAAGAGAAGAGGGAGAAGGAGAAGGCCGAGGUUCCAGAUAACUGGGAAGAUGACGAUGAAGACGCGGCACCUUCACCUGCUCCCGCGAAAGAGGACAGUGGCUCAGCGACCAAAGCAUCAUCUACCCCUACCUCUGACAAGACCAAGGACGCGUCGACGAUUGAUUCAACAGAGGGUUUGUCAAAGAAGCUGGAGAAACUAGAUGUCAAGUAG